CCGGCUGGUUGAAGCUGAAGGGCAAACUCGGCACCGGAUCUAUUUUUAGAUCGACCUGAUUGCAUGCUCUGCGAAGACCUCUUUGCCAAGCGCGUGGUCACGGUCGGCGUCAAGGUCGGCUGUCUCCUCCUCGGUGUCCUUGCGGUCCUUCUCUUCUUCCUCGGCAUCGGGCUCAUUGUCUCGCACCACACGCAGCUCGCGCUCGGGUCCCAAAUUGGCAGCUCUGGCGGCGCGCUCAUCUUCUUGGCGUGUCUGUACCCGAUUCCUGCUGCCGCGGGCUACUAUGGCGCCAAACACCACAACAAAUUCCUGCUGCUCAUGCAAGCGUUCGGGCUCGGCGGGCUCAUGAGCCUUCACUUUAUGAUUGGCGGCGCCAUCUACGGCACGACCGUCCCCUCGAUCUCGUACGACGAGCAAAACUACUGCCUCGUCAACAUCCACAUGCAAAACAACGUGACACGGGCCAAGUGCAUGACGUACUUCCAGAGCGACGACUAUGCUGGCCUGAGCCUCGCCUGGCAAACGUACUUUAACGAAAGCGUCGUCGACAACACGGCAGCCUCGGCGCUCGUCGAGCUGCAAGCAACCAGCUUUUGCUGCGGCCUCGGACCGCCGGCCAACUGCAUUCCCAACGAAAACCGGUUCCCAACCAAGUUUCCCGGACCUCCCAACGUUCCUCAAACAGUCUGCGUCAACUCCAAGAGCGUGAGCCAAUAUUACCCGAUAACGCCGCUCUGCUAUCGCAACCAAGCGUGCCCAUACGACCAUCCGAUCGGGAGCUGCGGCGUCACGGCGGUGUCGCCCGGCUCCAUCGGGUACGACGACGAUAGACCAUGUCAUUUCAUUGACACUACUAGUUGCGCUGCGGCCUUCCACCAGUACAUGGCGCGGCCGGUUAUGGUCAUCGGGGGCUCUGUCUUGGUCGCGACCUUGCUUUUGGUGCUAUGUCUCUGUACGACGCUCGUUUUGCUAUGGAAGCGCAAGGAUGAAGACACGCUGCCACCGGUCGGCUACGGCGGGUGGCGAGCAUCGGCCAAAGUCUACUUGGCCUCGGAUGUCCGCAAGCUGGAUCGCCUUGAUAUUUAAAUGGAUCGAUUGCUAAAUUAACUAGAGCACGAACCUAGUACCUAAUACGUCGGUAG